AGUGCGUCUUUAUUGGCUGAGUCCAAGGUUACGAGUGCUUUUCUGUCCGGCGUCGGAAUAGUUUCUUGCACUGUCUAGGGAGUGUAGUGAUAAUCUGUCACAGCGUUACGCUUCUGAUUUGAAAUGACCGAAUCAAAGAUAGAUCUUGAUGCUCUGGGAAAGAAUCAGCUGAAGAAUGUUGCUACGGGGGAGGUGGUGGAGAUGUCUUCGCUGUGGGCGACGCAGCCCCUCGUCGCCAUCUUCUUUCGGCGCUGGGGGUGCGUCUUCUGCCGGCUGUGGGCCAGAGAGGUCAGCAAGAUAGCACCCCAGCUCCAGAAGAACGGCGUCCGCCUCGUCGGGGUAGGCGUCGAGGACGUCGGUGUACAAGAAUUCAGCGACGGAAAAUUCUUUGACGGAGAGCUUUUUGUCGACGUCGAGAAGAAAACCUACAAGUUCCUGUCGUUCAAAAGGUUCUCCAUGUUCAGUGUUCUGACCGCACUGUUCACGAGUGAAUCCAGAGCUGCUAUCGCAAAGGGCCGAGCGAUGAAGCUGGGAGGAGACCUGCGCGGCGACGGGCUGCAGAAUGGCGGCGCCCUGGUUGUGGGGGCGGGCGGCUCGGGCGUGCUGUCCUACUUCAAGCAGGAGCGGCCGGCCGAGGUGCUGGACAACGCCGCCAUCCUGGCCGCGCUGGGGCUGCAGCCGGAGCCGCAGCCGCAGCCUGCGGGUGACACAGAAGAGAAGCCAAAGGCAGAGCCUCCGAGCGACGGGACGAAGGUGCUGGAGGGCAAGUGCGAGAUGAACGGCGCAGCCGGCACUCCCGAGAAGCAGCAGGCUGCCAGUGCUGCCGAGUAGCUCUCCCUCGGGGAGGGUUUGUGACAAAACCACCUUUUACUCCUGUCUACAUCUGUGUGUGUGUAUAUAUACAUAUAUCUUUCCACUGUGUCCCCUGUACCUUCCUGUGCGACACAAUUUCUCUGUGUAUUACUCGAUUCCAGAUUUUUAUCAUUUUCCUGUGUGUAAGCAUGUAAAAAUUCUGCAGUUCGACCUCUAAAGUGCGUUCCAAAAGGUCGACAGUUCUCUGUGAACUUCGCGUCCGACUCGUUACGUUAAAUGGUUGCGUCUGUGUUUUUCCCACCCACUUUAUGUGAAGGACUAGGAUUAUUGGUUGCCCUGAGAAACGGGCAUUUCUGCCCGGGAAAGGAGUGUCGCAUCGUGGCUUGUGGCUACGGUCAGAUAUUAGCCGGAACUGUCGUGAGAGCGAGGCUCAGGUGUUGACCGUUAAAGCUAACAUCUUGCCGUCUGGUGGCUCUGCCAGCCUCAUUACACGCACACACACGUACUGAGAGUUUGCUUAUUACUUCUAAAGUUAUCACUGAUGGCAAUUACUUAUUACAUUGUCAUCUCUAAACCAAAUCUUAAUAAUUCUCUUCCAUAAUGUAAUUAACUAUUAUCUAUAUACGCACUGCUGUGAAUAAAUUUAAUGUUAUACUAUCUAAAAUGAACUGCAGCUUCACUUUCGUAAAAUAUAUUGCAAGUGGAAAAUACUUUAAUUACUUGCUCAGCAUGGUAAUAAAUUUAAUUGGACAUGAAAAUAUCACUUUUUCAGGAACAAGCAAUUUCAUAUUUUUGUAGCGUAGUACUUGCACGUGGUAAUGUAAGGUCCUCGGUGGAUUAUUAAUGAAUUAAGGAAAUGUCCGCUGUAUAUUUGAGGUUUGAGUCAAAAAAAUAAUGAAAAUGCUAACUUUUAGAUAAAUUCUUCUUCAGGCAUGUGGUGGGUGUACAUGCGUGCGUGCCCAGUUUCUCUGAAGAAGAAUUUGUCCAAAACCUAUCAGUAUUGUGAAGCUUGUUUGUGUCUAUUGGUGACUCGGCAGCUCUACUAUUGAGCAAGUUGUUACCUUUAUUCCGUAAAUUAUUCACCGUACACAUUACUUUUACCUCUGUUGUUUUGUCAGACAUAUCUUGCUAACAUAAUAAUUAAUUUUUGGAACUAUUAUUGGCUAGAUAAAAAGUCUACUCAAAAAGUGGCAGCAGGAGAAAACGCACAAAAAAUUUGAGGAAAUGUGGAAGUUUUUGAAGCCAGUAGCACCUUCUGGAAGAAGGUUGGAAGGUGAAGGAAGAGGGAUGAAGAAAAAGGACUGACAAGGUUUACGAAAUGUGGAGAACUACUGAAAAGUUGUCUGAAACCAUGGUCGGAGCAGACGUACCGCAGGGGAUGAGAAGGAAAGACUGAUUUUUGGGGACUGCACCGGACGAGAUUCGAAAACUUGAGAGCGUAAUACAUCGACCGGCUUAUUUCCUCAACCUUGUCAGUCCAUUUCCUGCAUCCCUCGUCCUUCACCUUCUGCCAAAGGGAGCCACUAGCACUGAAAGCGUGCACAUUUCCUUCACUUCUACAGGUUUCAUCCUGCUGCCGCCUAGUGAGUAGAUUUUUUAAUCUACCCCAUUAUAUUUUAAUAAAAAACAUUAAUUAUAUGAGCUGAAUGACCAGGCAAAAGUCUUUCCAUUAGGUACCUCUGUGGGGACUUCUGUGGCCCUAAUAUACCUUCAGUUAUCGAACUGGGCAAAGGGUACCUACAGUUUAACGUGGGAUCUGAACUGUCUUUUGUUCCAGGUGAACUCUCACAGUGUUUGAGACAUGAAGGCUAGAUCAAAAGCAGACUGAAUUUCUGUGGUCUGACCGGGAUUCGAUGCGACAACCUCUCGGUUUCCGGAUGUGCACAUCCCCACUAGACCACACGGCCUGUCACUAGUAAUAUUACCGAGCGAGGUGGCGCAGUGGUUAGCACACUGGACUCGCAUUCAGGAGGACGACGGUUCAAUCCUGCGUCCAGCCAUGCUGAUUUAGGUUUUCCGUGAUUUCCCUAAAUCACUCCAGGCAAAUGCCGGGAUGGUUCCUUUGAAAGGGCACGGCCGACUUCCUUCCCUAAUCCGAUGAGACCAAUGACCUCGCUGUUUGGUCUCUUCCCACAAACAACCCCCUCCCCCCCAACUAGUAAUAUUCUCUUCACUCGUUUCGUCCUAUUCUUAGACCCGAAUUCUACCUUCAGAAUAUGCACUUAGCUCCCACAGGAGAGUCGGAAGUGCCGCUUGCUGCCUUUUAAGAUUUAUUGUUGUGCGUCACAUCCAAGUCUGCUACAGCCACAAAUUUAUGGGGAGCUACUAUGUGCACAAUAUAACUUUCCCUUAUACCAAAAUACUCACACAAAAAAUCUGUGAACAGCCUCUAAAAUUCUGUUGAAGUUCGGGUUUACACUAAGUUAAUUUUCAGUAAGAGUUUUUCUGCAGUGACAUUUAGGGGAACUUUGAUGGUCCAUCAGUAAAAUGGCUAUUGGAACCAGAUGUUUAGAUAACUGCAGCCCAAACUACAGAUUCCAAAUUUUGUAGUUCGCCUGUCACUUGGGAAUAAAGAAUCUAAAGCUGGAAGGAUUUUCAGCAGAGGACUGAAACAUACACAACAGAUGAUGUUGUGGGAGAAGUAGUCAUCUACUUACAUAGGAUGUAAAAUUUUUACUGUUUUGUUUACUUACAGAUACUUCUCAGUUGUCAGAGGCAUGUCUUAAGGUGUAUGUGACAGUUUCUAGAAGUAACAUGCAGGACAUCGACCAUGUUUACACAUAGUGAAAAUGAGCCUAGUGAUUAUAACCAUCAUAUUCUUCAAGCUAUGUUAUCAGUGUUUAGAUGUUAGAUGUGAAUUUGUAUUUUAUUUCAUAUACUGUCAGCAACUCUCUCAAAAUAGUAGAAUGUGAUACACAUUUUCUUGUUUUACCCUACUUCAAUUUUAUAUUGACCUUACUAAUGUUCUAUUAAUUUUGUCCAACAUUCUUGCUAAGCCACAACAGUGUCAAGGAUUUCAUUUGAGGUUAAGAGUAUCUGUUGUGGCAAUUUCUUCCACUAAGUGUUUUAGUUUGUUCAUCGGUCACAGUUUAAGUGUACUGCAGUUAAGACUGUCUAAGCUCUGCUAGGUACUUACAUCACAAAAUGUGUGGGCACAAUUUGUAAAGCUCUUUUCGAAGCAUUUGUAUUCUUAUAUUGGGUCGUCUUUUUAAAACACUGUUCGGAGGCAGUAAAAGAUAAAAGUGGGUCCCGUGUCGGGGAGCAGUAGUCUUGGCCAUUUGUAGCAGACGUAAUGCAAAGUCUGAAAGUGAUAUUUAGAAUUUUGACAGACACCGCACACUAGUCUGCUCCUCGGACCCACGCUUUUGGAUGUGAAUACCUCCGUUUGCUCUUGAUAAAUGAAGACUGAUGAGUUUUUUAUGGAUAUGUUUUAUAUUGCGGUGUUUCUGAAGCUUUGUUGUUAUAUACUUUUUAUACUGAUGUAGCUCUUUAGUUGCAGUUUCGCACUGUAUUAUGUCAUAUAUUCUUCCAAUAAAUGUCUUUCACACGGA